UGCAGUGCGAGGUUGGUCGGUAGCAGCAUCCUUUCACUAAGACACUUUGGCCAGUGGGAGAAAGACAGGACAAAACAGAAGAGGGCAUUGCAUUCAUUGGUUGCAGCUUAACAUAGGUGUCAUCUUGAGAGAGGGGUCAGGCAGAUUGGUGUAGAACUGCAGUGAAAGAGCAAGCAAUACAGAUUACACAUCAAGAAAGACAAUUUCCCAUAGCAGAAGUAGUUCUAGGUCGGAGAACUGAAGUUGCAUAGAAAUGCAAUGCAACAAGUUUAAAGAGUGUUCCUCCUUGUUAGUUGUAGUUUUAUUAAUAUGUUCCUCGACCAAAGCUGAAGCGAGCACAAACGAAACAGCAAGCACUGAACAUGGUGCUCAUCCGUCUGGCUUCCAGAUUGUCACCUUCAAAUGGCAUCAUGUCAUGGACCCUUAUAUCAUCACCCUCUGGAUAUUGGUGGCUAGUAUCGCCAAAAUGCUGUUUCACAUGUCCAGCAAAUUAACAACUGUAAUUCCAGAAAGUGCCUUGCUGAUUUUUAUUGGUCUUCUACUGGGUGGUAUAGUAUGGGGAGCAGACCACAGCGCCUCCUACAGCAUGACACCAAGGCUUUUUUUCUUCUACCUCUUGCCGCUGAUUGUACUUGACGCAGGGUACUUUAUGCCAAAUAGACAAUUUUUUGGGAACUUUGGAGCUAUACUAGUGUAUGCAGUGAUUGCCACGGUCUGGAAUGCUGCCUCAGUUGGUUUAUCACUAUAUGGGGUUUACUUGACUGGAGUAAUGGGGGAACUCAAGGUCGACGGAAUGCUUGACUUUCUUCUGUUUGGCAGUCUGCUCAGUGCAGUGGACCCUGUGGCUGUCAUAGCUGUGUUUGAAGAGGUCCAUGUUGAUGAGGUGCUUUAUAUCAUUGUCUUUGGAGAGUCUCUACUUAAUGACGGGGUUACAGUGGUCCUUUACAAUGUAUUUGACACUUUUAUUGCCAUUGGAGGUGUCAGUGUAACAGGAGCGGACUGUGUUAAAGGCGUAGUGUCAUUCUUUGUUGUUGCUCUUGGUGGCACAUUAAUUGGAAUUGUAUUUGCAUUUUUGCUGUCAUACAUCUCACGAUUCACCAAACGUGUUCAAAUCAUUGAACCAGGAUUCGUCUUCGUCAUUUCUUAUUUGUCCUACCUAACGGCAGAGAUGCUCUCCCUUUCAUCCAUUUUGGCGAUCACAUUUACAGGUGUUUGCUGUCAAAAGUAUGUUCAAGCAAACCUAUGUAAGGAAUCUGCCACAACAGUUAGAUACAUGAUGAAAAUGUUUGCCAAUGGAUCAGAGACUAUUAUAUUCAUGAUGCUGGGUAUUUCAGCAGUGGACGGAAGCAUUUGGGUUUGGAAUACAGCCUUUAUUCUAUUAACGCUGCUCUUUAUAGCAGUUUACAGAGCCAUUGGUGUUGUAGUCCUUACGUGGUUUUUAAACCGCUACAGAGUGGUACCGCUGGGAUUUAUUGACCAAGUGGUUAUGAGCUAUGGUGGACUGAGGGGUGCAGUUGCCUAUGGUUUGGUAGCCUCACUGGAUGAAGCUCGAGUGCAAGAAAGAAAACUGUUUUUCACCACAACUAUUAUUGUGAUAUACUUCACAGUUGUUUUACAGGGUUGUACUACCAAAGCUUUGGUGACCUGGCUGAAGGUGAAGCGAAGUGAACACAGGGACCCUUUAAUUAGCGAAAAACUUCACGGAAGGGCAUUUGAUCAUAUUCUUUCUGCUAUUGAGGACAUUUCAGGACAAAUUGGACACCACUAUAUAUGGGACAAGUGGGAAAGCUUUGACAGGAAAUACCUUAGUAAGAUACUGAUGAGAAAAGCUGCUCUGAAAUCCACCGAUAAAAUCCUCGAUGUCUUCCAUGACCUGAACAUUAAGGAUGCAAUCACCUAUAUAGCAGAGGGAGAACGCAAGGGAUCUCUUGCAUUUAUAAAGACCCCAAAUACUGACCAGUUGGUAAAUGUGAACUUCCACAGCAGUAAGCAAUCAGAGGUUGAUGCAUCCAUGUCUUCUGUACAGAAGGAAGGUGCUAGUGCUAUUUGUCUCGAUAUGCAAACAGUGGAGAUCAGACGGAAGAGUUUACGAGACAGCGAGGAUGUUUAUACACAUCAUCUUCUUCAGCAGUAUCUCUAUAAACCAAAGAAGCAGCUGAAAUACAAAUACAACAGACAUGACAUCACUACAAACGAGGAUGAUACCCAAGAAAAGGAGAUUUUUGAAAAAACAAUGAAAAGACGACUGGCAUCCUUUAAAUCUACCAAGUAUGGCGUAUCCCAAUCAAAAAAAGUAGCAAAACAUUGUAAGGCAGCUCCUUCACAAAAUAAGAGAAGUGAUGAGAUGCUGUCAAAUGGAGGUCAGCUUGUUUUUCACAAUCCCGAGUUCUCUGAUCCAGAACACCCUCAUGAAUAUGAUGUAAUUAGCAACGGUGGUAGUAAUUUCAUCUCUAAUGUCGCCAGACAGGCACCAGGUGACACAUACAAUGGAAUUGAUAACCCAGCAUUUAUGCUGAAUGAGGAGCCAGUUGCUCUCCAGGCUCUUCCACCGUGGGCAACGAACAAUGACACCGUUGUGCUGUCGCAGAGGGCUCGGGUUCAGAUGCCAUGGUCCCCAAAUAACUUCCGGCGCCUUAUGCCUCUGCGACUCAGCGGCAGAUCAACAGAUUCCUUUCUGUUAGCCGACGUUCCUGUCCCUGAGGAGAAGCCACUGUCCUUCCUCCCUGAGAGAACUGCCUUGUAAUACAUUAUCAAGUAGCUUUGUAUUUCUUUUAAUGAACUGUUACAUAUACUACAAAUGACUUUGGUAUCUGUUGUAGUCUUCUAUAUUUUUACCCAAAAUAAUUUCAGUAAUAACCCUUGUAUCCAUUUUAUCCUUGAGUGAGGGGGUCUUCAGUGGAGCAGGUCUGCUGUUUAGUUUUUUUAUUAAUGCUGUACAUUAUUUAAUUUACAUUUUAUGUUCAAAGAUUUAUAUUUCCAAAUUCAAAUUACUUUGUAUAUUCUAG